AUGACCGGCAACUUUAAGAAGGAUGUGUUGAUCGAUGUUAUUGGCGUGAUCGAUGCUAUUGGAUAUCAACAAACUGGAAGUGGUGGAAAAAAUUGCAAGUCAAUUUUCAACAACACAAUGAACUGCACCCUCGGGAAGGACUAUGCCAAACAGUUUUUCAAGUUUAAUGAGGAAAAUGCUACGACAUCUGGACCAACUGUGGUUUUGCUUAACUAUGCAAAAUUUAAAGAACAGGGCCAAUACCCGCUAUCAAUUACAAGUACAUUCCAUGUUACGAAACUCCAAAUCAAUCCAGAUUUGCCUUCAGUAAAAGACUUCAUAAAUAGUUUCUCAAAGGAAGCUUUGCGUACCGUUUCAAGCCAGCUCAGCUCCCACUCUCAACAAUACUCGCGCAGCUCGGCUUCUGAGAAUGUUAGACAGCGUGACACUCAAAAGUUGCUUAAUAAGGUUGUUGCUCUGCCUCUGAGUCAGAUUAAACAACUGCACGAGGACACUUUCUGUGCUACAGUUGCAAAGACAAGAAAACUUAUCGCUUCUUCCUAUGGAUGGUAUAAGAUUGAAGUAGAAGGAUUCCAUCUUGACACAUUUUGCAAAUUUAUUUUUUGGGACAGGGAAUGCACUCAAAUCUUAGGUAUUUCAGCUGCUCAAAUGUGGGACAUAAUGAUACAGGCUGGUAUCACAGAUCCUUUGGAUUUUCCCUUAAAGCUUGAUGCCAUGUUGGACUUGGAUCUGGCUUUAAGAGUUAGAUGGCAGCCCAGUUGGGACAGCUGCUCUGUUAUUAUGUUUGUAGAUGACAAACCGUUUGUUAAACAAUUCAGCACUCCUUGGGAGCCUACACAGAUAAAAGAGAACGUUGAUGAAGCUAACACUGCUGCUGCCGAUGAUUGUGACAUUCUUACGGUAUGA